AUGGUGCCUGACAGCAUUGCCGACUCUGUUGAUCAGCGCCUGCUGCGGCGAUGCAGGUGGCUGGCGGGUGCCUUUGGCUUUGGCCAAGGCUGUUGCGUCAAUGUCUACUUGUCCGCGGCGGGCUACUUGGGCGAUCGCUUCCAGGACAAGUACUUUUUCGUCUGGAUGUGUGCUGCGGUCUACGUGACGCCUUUGUUGGUGUUUGCCCUGGCACGCGCGCCGAUGUCUUUCACGUGUCGCGACGGGGAGGCUUAG